UUGGCCAAUGGUUCGGUAGUAGUCCAGGCAUUCUAGUGGAAAACACAUCUGGUGGCUGUCACAACUAAUGGCCACGCGUGGAGAUUGACUGGCGUGGACUUUCUGUCCAUCAUGGAACUAUUGGCUCGUUAUCUCGAUAGGAGCAAUUCAGUGAGUUCAACCACAACUCAGGACUUGAUCAAGGAGGAGAACCUGAGGGAUGACCUGAAGUUCUACUUUAUGAGCCCAUGUGAGAAAUACAGAGCCAGGAGACACAUCCCCUGGAAACUAGGGGUGCAGAUCCUCAAGAUAGUCAUGAUCACCACACAACUCGUCCUCUUUGGCCUCAACAACCAGCUGGUGGUGUCCUACAAGGAAGAGAAUGCCAUGGCCCUGAAAAACUUGUUUCUAAAGGACUACAGUGGUGUGGACGAGGAUGACUACAGCGUUGCGGUGUACUCACAACAAGGUGUCUAUGACAGCUUGUUUUAUGUGCUGGAUCAGUAUAGCCAGCUGAGCCGGCUCGCUGUGGGUCCCAUCAGUUACGCUGAGGAUGAAGAUAGUGGCUUGUUACCUCUGGUCAUCUGCAAAAACCUUUACAGAAGGGGUAGUGUCACGCCUUCGGAUGAGGCCUACGACAUAGAUGCCCAAUUAGAAACAGUUUGCCUACCUCUUGAUCCAAAGACCGUCCAUCUGUGGAAAACCCAGAAUGCAUCCUUUUUUGACUUGGACUUUUACAGGUUGGUGGAUGUGAAAAUAACCUUUAACUUGAAAGGAAUCAACCUUCAAACUGUGCAGUCACGGGAGUUGCCUGACUGUUAUUCUUUUUCUGUCAUGAUAACAUUUGACAACCAGUGCCACAGUGGAAAGGUGAAAAUAUUUCUGGACAUUGAUGCACAGAGCAGCGCUUGCCGAGGCUGGAAAAUAUCUGGAACAGCUCAGAAGAACACUCACUAUCUUCUGGUGUUUGACGGCUUUGUGAUUGUGGUUUGCCUAACAUCGGCUGUGCUGUGCACCCGCUCCAUAGUGUUAGCUGUCAAGUUACUGCAGCGAUUCUCCAGAUUUCUCCAUGAAAAUUAUAACCGAAAGGUAUGUGAAGAUGACCAGGGAGAGUUCUUAAAUGGUUGGUAUGUGCUGGUCAUUGUUAGUGACCUCUUGACCAUAGUUGGAUCAAUACUGAAGAUGGAAAUUCAAGCAAAGAGUUUGACCAGCUACGAUGUGUGCAGUAUAUUUUUGGGUACAUCAACCUUAUUGGUGUGGGUUGGCGUGAUCCGCUAUCUUGGCUACUUUCAGAAAUACAAUGUGCUUAUUUUGACCAUGAAGGCAGCCUUUCCAAAAGUGUUGCGAUUCUGCUGCUGUGCUGGAAUGAUCUACCUUGGUUACACCUUCUGCGGUUGGAUUGUGCUGGGUCCAUAUCAUGAGAAGUUUGAAGGCCUGAGCCUCGUGGCCGAGUGUCUGUUUUCUUUGUUGAACGGUGAUGAUAUGUUCACAACCUUUGCCCAGCUGAAAGACAAAAACACACUAGUUUGGAUCUUUAGUCGGGCCUACCUCUACUCUUUCAUUUCACUCUUUAUUUACAUGGUGCUUUCGCUCUUCAUCGCCCUAAUCACCGACGCCUACGAGACCAUCAAGAAUUACCAAAGGGAUGGGUUCCCACUGACAGACCUGCAAAAGUUCCUCAGAGAUCAGAAAGAUUUUGGUGCAUCAGAGGAGAGCAGACAGAUGGAUCCCUACACCAGCUAUUCAGUGUUUUGUUGCUGUGAAAAAGUUCCUGAAAGUGAUGACAUCGCACUCAUCAGUUGACAAAUGUUGCCCCUCCCGAUUGAAUCAAUCUGGGACGAAAGUGUUGGAAAAAGGACUUCACACGUCUGACACAAACCUGCAAUGAAUCUUUAAUCAGAGUCCUUGCCUGCGUACUGCUGUCAUUCCGGAAAGACAUUAUGAACGUUCCAAUGUUGAACAUGACUGAAACAUGAACUUACACAGUAUGUCUUGAUGUAAAGAUUUUUUUUGUUUGUUGGUGACCAGGGUGACAGUGUCAGCAGUGGGUGGGACUGGUGGAGCGGUUGCACAAAUGUAUGAAUGUUUCCACAUUUGCAGUGCUUUAUAGCUUUAGGCAAUAAUGAUUGUCGAUUGUUUGUGCUUGCAUUGAGAUCAAGUAAAGAAAAGGCUACCUGUUAUAUCUUUGUACCAAAUUCUAUUAUUGUGUUCAAUGCACCCAUGAUAAAAGCUAUAGACGAACGUUGAAUGGGUAGACGUAAGAUAAUCAAAUCUCUUCAGGGCUUUGUUCAAAUCCCAUGUCAAAUACCCAUAAAUAAAGUGCUUUCAGGUCAACAA